AUGCCACAUUCUUAUAAGCUAUUUGCUUCAAUCAAAAAUACUGUUGAAGGUCAUAUCUUACCAAAAUAUUUCCCUAAAUUCUUAGAUCAUUAUUAUGACCGUGAAGAAAGUGAAGAAAAAAACAAAAGUUUAAGAGAAAAAAUAGCAUCGGAAUACAUUCAACCAGUCUUACAUUCUUAUUGGAGGGUGAAAACAUGUCAUUAUCCUAUAAAACAUUGUAUCGGUAGAGGAUUUUCAAAAAGUAAAAGAACCAUUAAAGUUAUGGUAGAUAAAUGUCCAAAGAAAGAUCCAACAGAUAAAAAGAAGAAUGAUCAAGACAAUACUGAGAAAAAAAAUCCAACUUUAACUGGUGAACUACCAUUAGAAAUUUGGAAUGAUAUAAUAAUGAUGGGUGCUGAUCCUAAAGUAUUGAUAAGAAUUAACAAGCAAUUUUAUCAUAGUAUAGCUCCAAGAUUAUAUAAAAAGUUUGAAAAAUUACAGCUUCUUUUGAUCUUAACUAAAACUGAUAAGAUUAAAGCAAAUGAUUCUAAUUUUUUGAAAUAUGGACCAGAUUAUCCACAUAAACCAUGUGUUAAUGGUUAUAAGAUUUAUGAACGUUUACAGGAAGGUAUUAAACAUGAAUUUGAAUUUUUGGAAGUAAUUCCAAAAACUGCUCAAUUUGCUGAAAUUUUUUUGGGCCCUAUACAUAAAGAAAUAAAGAAAAAAACCAAUACAAUACUUAUCUCAUCUUUCAAUGAUAUAGAGUUUUUAUUUGAAAAUAUUUUAAAUAAUGAUGAAUCUGUUUUGAAACAUAUGAUUAAAAAUAUUUCAAUGGAUAUUUCCAUAUUUGAUGGGUUUGAACAAGUCAUGUAUACACCUGGGAAAAUUCAAGGCUCAGAAUUAUCUAUUGAUGAUUUAAUUAAAAGUAUAAUUGAUAAAAGAAAAAAGCAACCUGAAAAUACUGAGAUUGAAAUGUUUCAAUCAGAAACAAAUGGACUCUGUGUCACCAAUCACAAUGAUAAUUUUAAAGGUUGUAGAUGGAAACAAGAACCAGAUGGUAAUUUGAGAACUAGAUAUAUUUAUGAGACAGAACGUGGUUCUUUUUACAAAAGACACAUGAAUAAUCAAAAAUUCCCACUCAAUGUUUAUUUCAUGGAACUUUUACAUAUAUAUCAAUGUUAUCAAAUUUAUCUCGAUGAUGAAAGAAUCAAAUUUGAAAAUAUCAAGUCAAAUGAAGAGUUGUAUCAGCAAACGCCAUUUAGAGAUAUUUAUGAUGAAAUUUUCACUGUUGAUGAGAUUGCUGAUUCUUGUAUUGAAUAUGGUUCUCGGUCAUUGUUGACCUUUGAAAAAUGUUCCAGGAUGAAAAUUCCACAUAGAUGUUUUAAAACUGAAGAUGAAACUUUCAAGAAAUUAAACAAUAUUAUCUGUUUGAUGCUUAAUGAAGACAAAAUUUCAACAUCGUUAUUAUUUAAUGGUAUUUGCACAACACAAGAAAGAGUAGAUCCAUCAUUGGACAACAUUUGCCUUAAUAGAUGUGGUUAUUUAUCAGCUUAUAAAGGUAUUUCAACACUUGUAAUAAACAAACACAAUUGA